GUCACUUUUUAUUGCAUGCGCUGAUUGGAUUUAAUUUGUUUGAGCUGGCCGAUAGGGCAUUCGCAAGUGAACAGCAAAUAACAAAAUUGAAGUGGAAAAUUCCGUGUGAAUGCGAUAGGGCGGAGUUUAAUUACUUAAAUUAGGUGCAGUCGAAUUUGUGGUAUAAAUAAACAAGUGCACAAUUAUACAUAUGUAAAAGUGUCGAAAUCUUUGCACGAAUAAAAGUUAUGCGAAAGUGCCAUACAAGCAAUAAAUUAUAAUUCGCAUUUUGUGAUAAUUUUUACAGCACAGAACUUUUUUUUUUUGUAGAAGUGUGCAAUAGGUAAACACGGAAGUCAACAAAUAGCAAAAAAAAAACGUGAAAUAGAAAAAUGAAACAAAGAAAAUAAAUAUAUAUGUAUAUUAAGGUAGUGUGUGUGUGUUAAAACGAAUCCAUUGGCGAUUGGUGAACGUGUUUCUAGCCCAAGUUAAAGAUAAAUAAGGGGAAAAGCGCAAGUUGUUUAAAGACCUCGAUUACAUCAAUGGAGUUUGAAAACGCCCAGUUUUUGGAUGCAGCAGCUGAAACAGCGACUGCUACAGCCGCCGCCGCCACAGCAACAAAAACGAAAGAUCUCGCUGUCAAUGAUCAUAUGCAAUCCAGUUCCGGCCGCUUAAUGGCCAAUGGCAAUGAAGCGACAACGGCAGGCUCCCAGUCUGUGACCAACACUGCGUUGGAAGAUAAACAAAAUCCUACAAAAAUGCAAAAGCAAGCAAUGUCCGCCGAUGAGCGAAAUGCAACAAAGCGAUCUCUAGUCAUACUAGCCGCGAUCUUUAUAUCGAGCUUGCUCGUCAUGGUCUACGUAUACAUGAUAUUUCCCAAAUUGGAUGAGUCGGAGAAGCAACACAUUAAAAUACCCCGUGAUAUUCAGGAUGCUAAAAUGCUAGCCAAAGUUUUGGAUCGUUACAAAGAUAUGUACUACUUCGAAGUGAUGUUUGGCGUAAUCACCGCUUAUGUAUUCCUACAAACGUUUGCCAUUCCAGGAUCAUUAUUCCUCUCCAUUCUAUUGGGAUUCCUUUACAAGUUUCCCAUCGCAUUAUUUCUCAUUUGCUUCUGCUCCUCACUGGGCGCCACACUCUGUUACAGCCUUUCGAAUUUGGUUGGACGUCGUCUCAUACGUCACUUCUGGCCGAAGAAGACAAACGAAUGGUCCAAGCAUGUGGAGAAGCAUCGCGAUAGCCUGUUCAACUAUAUGUUAUUCCUACGCAUGACGCCCAUACUACCGAAUUGGUUCAUUAACUUGGCAUCGCCCGUAAUUGGAGUGCCCGUGACCACCUUUGCUUUGGGUACUUUCUUCGGUGUGGCACCACCCUCAAUUGUGGCCAUACAAGCUGGCAAAACGCUACAAAAAAUGACUAGCUCCAGCGAAGCCUUCUCAUGGACAUCGAUGGGAUUGCUGUCCAUAUGUGCAGUCAUUUCACUCUUGCCGGGAUUACUAAAGAACAAGCUGAAAAAGAAAAUCGAGUAAAGGGCCACCACACGCCGUUUACCAACUGAUGACGGAGCGGGUCGGGUUUGGAGGCUUGGAUAGUCGGAUAAACGGACCGCCAAAGGUUGCAACGGGGGGAUUUUGUGUUAUUGGGUAAUUGCCAUUUGUUUUAAGCGUGUGUGCUUUAUAUUGUACGAGUAAGAUAAGAAAACAAUAGAAAAAACCAAAUGCGGCUAGAUGUACGUAUGUAUGUAUGUAUGUAUGUAUGUUUGGUGUCCGAGGAAUUUAAUUUCGUUUUUUGUUUAUAAAAUAAAACUAAAUUUUUAUGUAUGUAUUUAUCUGAAUUAGUGCUAUGCUCAAACGUAUGUACUAUGAAUUAUGUUUAAUUUAUAUGUAUGUAUAGCUGAUCCUCUAUAUGUAUUGUGGAUUAUCGUAUGUACAUAUAUACAUAUGUAUGUAUUUUGUAAUAUUCCAUUGAUAGUUGUUAGCUACUACAUACGGUUGUGUUCACGAAAAUAGUAGUGGCAUUCGAAAUGCUACC